AUGGCUCAACACCAAAUCAACUUCUAUCAGGACAACCUCCCGCAAAAAACGUCACUCCAGAUACGCACCCCUCUUCAUUCUCUUUCACCCCUCCCAUCGAUGAUCCAGCUUCGACCGACCUUCCGCAGAAGUUUCCAGCGGAAAAACACGCCGCCUCAGGGUAGUCGAGAGCCAAAGUACUCGCCAGCGCAGAACAUCUGUUCCAGUGACUGGUACAGCGCAGGGUUAUGCCGUUCCCAAAUCUCUCGAUGGUUCAUCGCCACCUGCCGACGUCCACUAGCAGAAAUUCCCCUCAACUUGAAGGCGCUCCUGCACCUCAGGAUCCCACGCUGGCAUCGGUCUCCCCAUCACUCCCGCCAGCCAACGGUCCGACAAAAACUAUCUCCCAAUGGACCAGCUUCAAACGCGCCACAAAAUCCUGCACUCAAGGUUUCUGGAACGCCUAUCACCCCUUAUCCUCCGUCACUCAGCUCAUCGCCGACCGACCGACCUGGAACCUCACCAAAUGACCUUCCGCAAAAUGUCCCCGCUCCAAACUACUUCGCAGGAUCUAGUCUUCCCUCCGCACCUCCUUCUGGCCCUAUUUCUGGAUCCAUAGAGCUUCAGACGCCAGAUGACGCACCACACAGUGGUUCUGCAACAAAACAUCCUGCGGGCCCUGAUGCACAUCAAGAUGUGAGUAGAAAUAUUCGAUCUCGCGACGUUAAUGUCCUUAUUUCUAUUCCAGCACCCUCCCUCCCCACCCUGGCAAUCUCAAUACGGUGCCUCAGUACCAACGCAUCCGUCGCUCCCCCGCCCAACGCUUCUGCCUCUUCAAUUUCCCCCGCCAUUGGCCCACCGCCCACCGACGGCUCACAACCUCUACCUUCUCUCACCUCUCUUGCCUCCGCUGAUGCCUCCAACUGGGCUUCUACAAGGGGACCCUGCUCCCAACCACGGAGAACCGAGCAGCCCUCUUGCGUCCUCCGUCCUCCACUUCCACAAUCUGCGCCCGUCGACGGCUCAGCGCCAACAGAUCUGCCAUACGUUGUUCAAUCAGCGUCCGUUCCCCCCUCUUCUUCUUCCCUCCCUCCCGUUAACGACCCAACCCCAACUGGACUUUCACAACCCAUCCCUGCUCCCAACUCUCCCGCACCAAUUAAUUCCGCAGUCCCCACUGGCGUCCCCAUGCCCAACAUUAGCAGCGCACCUGUAAAAGGCCCCACAUCAUCUGAUGUCCCACCUGUUCCUGUGCCCGACUCUCCCGCGGCGUCUGUCCUCCCUUCUGUACCACCUGUCGAUGAAACGCCCAAACUUUCUGGCGUUCCUGACGUUGAUGCCAGGAUCGUAUUGAAGAUGACGAAUGUCAUCGGUGCUUAG